AGAAUGAGCAGUCCUGUCAUAGGACGGAGGCUCACGGGGAGGGCUGUGCCGCCCUGUCCGCCCUCCCCUCCCGCCGCUGUCUGUCCUGCAGGAAGCUUUCUCCUCUUUGUGGAGGAGCGGAGAGCCGGCGGGCGGUUGGAACUUUCACUGACCGAGCAUGGCUCUCUCUGCCUGGAUGUCCGGACCGGUUUAGGCGUGCUUCGAGUCGAGCGGUAGCACCCGCUAUGUUCGGCGGGGAAAGGCUUCUUUACCCUCGGAUUACUUCAACUGGCGAGUGAGUCAUGGCAAAUGUCAAAGUUGCAGUUCGGGUUCGACCGCUCAACUCAAAGGAGAGCCUUGAUGGUGGGAGGCUUGCAGUUCAGGUAGAUGAUAAGUUUGUGAAGAUCCGAAACCUAAAGUUGGAUGGACGGACGGAGGGAGCGGUCGAUUCCAGGGAGAAACUUUUGGAGUUUUGCUUUGACUACUGCUACUGGUCGGUGGACCCUGCUGAGCCUCAAUACGCCUCGCAGGAGGAGGUGUUUCAGGACCUGGGAGUGUCCGUUCUCUCCGGAGCGUCAGAGGGCUACAAUGUCUGCUUGUUUGCUUACGGCCAAACAGGAUCAGGGAAGACUUACACAAUGAUGGGAACACCGGACUCCACAGGUUUAACUCCUCGUAUUUGCCAGGGUCUUUUUCAUGGUGAAGAGGCUUUUCUGGACUCACAAAACUCAAGCAGAGUGGAAAUCAGCUUCCUGGAGAUCUACAAUGAGCGCGUGCGAGACCUGCUGAGAGGAGGCGAGCAGAAAAACAGACCCUCGCUGAGAGUCCGAGAGCAUCCAGAAAAAGGACCUUACGUGCAAGAUCUGUCACAGCAUGUGGUCUCUGACUGCAAGCAGGCCAUGGAGCUUCUGGAGGAAGGCAUCGCCAACCGGAUCACGGCGGCCACUCACAACCACGAUGCCAGCAGCCGAUCCCAUGCCAUCUUUACCAUCCAGUACACACAGGCAAUUCUAGAAAACAACCUUCCUUCAGAGACCGUCAGCAAGAUCAACCUGGUGGACUUAGCUGGAAGUGAGCGAGCAGAUCCCAACUACAGCAGAGACAGACUGACAGAGGGCUCCAACAUCAACAAGUCGCUCGUCACGCUGGGGAUUGUCAUUUCUGCGCUUGCCCAGAACUCCCAGAUGUCAAGCAGCUGUCAGAGCAUCAACAGUGUGGCCUCUGAGGGUGACGGCAGUAUGGUGGGGAGCCACAGCAGCUCCCUGUCAGGAGGAGGAGGAGGUGGGAGGAGGCACUGCUUCAUUCCCUACAGGGACUCGGUCCUGACCUGGCUGUUGAAGGACAGUCUGGGUGGAAACUCCAAGACCAUCAUGGUUGCUACGGUCUCACCUUCAGUGAACUGCUACAAUGAGACCCUCAGCACGCUGCGAUACGCCGCACAUGCCAGGAACAUUGUCAACAAGCCGCGGGUUAAUGAGGAUCCGAAUGUUCGACUGAUCAGGGAAUUGAGGGAAGAAAUCGACCGGCUGAAGAGCAUGCUGCUCAGCUUUGAAAUGCAGCGUAACCUCAGUCCGUCCCUGAGCGACGAGCGGGACGGGAGUCUUUCUGAAAUCGUUCUCCAGAAUGAACUGAAGGUGGAGCAGCUGACUAAAGACUGGUCGGAGAGCUGGAGAGACAAGAAGGAACUGCUGGAGCAGUACAGCGUGGACAUCAACAGAGACCGCGCCGGCUUCCUCAUCAGCUCCCUUCAGCCGCAUCUGGUCGCUCUGGGUGGAGACGUUCUCAGCACCAGAGUCGUCUUUUAUCACCUGAAGGAAGGAGUCACCUACAUUGGACAUCAGGACCAAAUCGAAGAACCACAACUAGUCCUGCAGGGCGGUGCCAGCUGUGAGAUUGAAAACCACGGGGGUGUGGUCACGCUCAGACCGCUGGCGGGCUGCGUCUGUCAGCUCAACGACAGAGAGGUCACCGAGCCCUGCAGACUGGCUCAAGGGUCCGUCAUUACCUUGGGAGGGGUGCAUAAGUUCCGCUUCAACCACCCGGCAGAGGCGGCGGUCCUGAGGGAGCGCAGGCGGGUCAGUGAAGGCGUUUGGCCCCUCAACCAGGAUGACAGAGAGUUGGAGCCUGAGCAGCAGGAGGUUGCCGGUUUGACUCUGACUGAGGAGGCGGCGGUGAGGCGGCGCGUGGAGGAGCAGAAACGCUUUGUGGAGAGUCUGAGGGAGGACAUCCAGGCUGAGCAGAGAUGGGCGGAAAGAGAGCUGGAGAGGGAUCAGGCCCACCUCAGGCAGCAGCACAGCGAGAUUCAGCAGUGGAUAGUUGAGGAGAAGCACCGUUUAUCAACGGCAGGGAAGAUAACCACCCAGGAGUCUGGAGUCCAGGCGGACCUCUUACCCGCUCCACUUCUGGAGAAACUCCGGACCCACGUGUUCACGGAUCAGGAAGCCGAGGAAAACCGGCCGCUGGUGACCAGAGCCAGGAAGAGGGCCGUUCAGGAUGAGCUGCUGAAACAUCAUGCCCUCUGCCGCGCCCAGAGCCGCAUCCAUCGGAAAAGGCUGCAGUAUCAGCUGAAGAAAAUAGCCAACAAGCAGCAUCUGCUAAAAGCUAAGAGAGAGUUACAGCAGCUGGAGAGAAAGCUUCCUCCAGGACCGGAUUUGGAAUCCCCCUCAAAGCUCGGAGAAGAGUCGCUGUCUUCUCGAAGACACUCGUUUUCAGCCGAUCUGUUGUCCCGCCUCUACCCGCAGAACACACCUAUCUUCAGACAUUUCCUAAAGAGGAACAAGUCCUCAGAACAGACUUCAAAUUGGUGUCCAGCUCCUGAUUCCAUCAGCAGUAGAAAGUGGAUCUCAGACGAGUGUCUCCCCCGAGAGAGAACCCAGAGUUGUUCCGGAUCUUUCUCGUCAGGCCGUCGCAGGCCCUGCUCUUCUGAGAACGUCCGACAAGCUCCCAAAGAUGAGCCUCAGUGUCCAAGAAAACCUCUGCUGCCGAACCAAGACUUGUUCCUUAAGACCCGCCUCAGACAGAACCCAGCUGUUGGACCUGCUGCACUGCAAGUCAACAAGGAAAACGAGCAAAGAUCCUCCACUCCCAGACCUGGUUCUGAGACUUCUUGUUUGGUGAAUUUAAAAAGUUCUGACCAUGUCGGGAACAUCCGGCUGGGAAGCGUCAGGAGACCGUUCUGUCCAUCUGUGGGGGAAAACACAGCUCUGUCUGCGGCUUUCAAAAGAUUCCCCACAUGUAUAAAAGGAGGACAAAUCCCGAAGCCUCUCGGGCGAUUUACAAACAAGCUUCACGGGAGACAAAGAAGCCUUAAAGAGGCCAAAGCGAGUCUGAAAGCCGCUGUCUCGUGUGACGAGCUGGAUCAGGAGUCUCUGUGUGAGAGCAUCAGACGGUGGCACAGCACAGGAGCUCUGACGAACCAAACGAGUGGGUGCAAACAAGAGGACAGAGAGUCGGACUGCGAGAGUCUCUUCUCCCUCGACUCUCUGUCUUCCGCUCAUGCCGCCGCGCUGGCCGAGCAGCUGAGGCAGGAGGAUUCCAACCUGAGUGAAACAGAGAGUGAAAUGUCCACAGAUUCACUGACCGUAGAGACCAGAGGGAAACGAGCAACUAACUGUGACCGAACUGUGGUUCCUACUUACUUUUUGGUAGAAGAUUCUGUGCUUUCAUCCAGAAUUACAGAAAGGGAGGAGUUCUGGAUGCAGCAACUGCUUCCUUCUCAGAAAAGACAAACUAUUACAGGAAAAAAUCCUCAGAGACCAUUCAAAGCAGAUUUCAGAGGCAAAGAUGUUGUGCACAAACUGACUGAAGACUUUAGGAACAUGCAGCCCAUUUCAACCAGCAGCUCAGAGGCUGGAAACUUACGAACAGCUCCAGAUUUAUUCAUGGGAGCAGCUGAGAUUUCCCAAACGGAAGUGAUUCCUUCAGGCAGCAGUGCAAGUCACAUGAAGAUCUCUGAGGUUGGAAGUAGACGACACAGUUCUUCAUCCAUCAGCACAAACGUAACAGUGCAAAAACAAGCUGCAUCAGACCCUCAGACUUUUAGGAAAAAAGAUGAGUUUUGUUUGAAACAAAAGUCAGAAACAGAUCUGAAUCUGAAGGUUCCAGGAGCUCCUGAAAGGUCCUCCUCUGCUUCUCCCUGUGUGGUGGAUUUCUCCUCAAGUUCAGAAAACCACAGCGAAGAAACCGAUAGGAGCCUAGAAACAUCCGAUUUUCAAGGAGAAAUGUUGUCAGACGCUGAACAUGAGCCAUUUCCCCUGGAAGAAACCAAAACCACCGAGCCGCCGGUCACACAGGGGAUGGAAGUUGUUAAACCGGCUUGUAAAAAUUCCAGGAAAAGGAACAAAGAGCAGCAAGAUGCCUUCAAGGGCAGCCGGAAAAUUCAAAAAAGGAGCAACAGCGGCGAGCUGGUCACUUUCUCUAACACUGGAGGCGUCAGCCUGAAAAAUAAACGCCAUGAUGACAGAAAUGACAGCUGUGACGCCAUGCGGGGGCGGUCGGACACCCAUGGAUCUCUGCACAACAUGGAUCCAGUAGAAGAAGGAGCCAAGGAUUUAGAUUCGGUUCCAGUUUCUGAUUCCAUGAUUGAAUCAAAGGAUUGUGUCUUUGGAGAUGAGCUUAAACACAGAAUUUCAGUGGGUGCAACCCAAGGAGAAUUUGGAACGGCAAAUGAAGCAAAAGGAAAAAGUCAAAUGAACAUCAGGAAACAUCAGGACAUUUUAAAGCAUCAGUGCAAGUCAGACUCUAUUUAUAGCGCUAUUGAUCUGAGGAUUUCUGAAAUAGUGAAGGAUCACAGGAGCCGGAUUCUGAGUCAUGAUUUUCCACACCAUGAGCUGGAAUUACCAGGAAAUAAACAGAAACCCGGUGAAGACGUAAAGCAAAAGAUCAGAAAUGCAGAUGUUACAGCUGAGGCAUCAAGGACGAUGACAGAAAACAAUUUUCAGUCGAUUGAGAUCCAGAAAGCUUGUAAGUUGCUCAGUUUGAGCACAGAAAAUGAUUCUUUUUUACCUAAAAAAUGUCAAGAUUUUCCAGAAAAUGCUCAUUCUCACAAGCCAAAAAUCACGCCUCCCUUCAUCGGGGUCCUAGGUCCUGGUCCUAACGCCGACUUCCUCCUACAGCUCUCAACUCCAAACUCGAGUCCACAACUUCACCAAAAACCUCCAUCAAGUCACAUAAACACCAACUCCACUGUUCCUGAGGAUACAGUUACAUCCAUGUGUGCUGGAACCGACUCUCAAACGGUUUAUGUAAAAACAUCUCCAGAAGAGAAGUUAUCAGCUGAUGUGGAAUUACAUCAACUCCAAGCGAAGAGAUGUCUCUGCAGUGGAAACAGUGCCACGGACCGAGGUUCCUGUGAGUCGUGUGUGGCCAAAUAUCAGAACCAGUCAGAUAAACACGGAGAAAACAAAACGCUUCUGCUUCCAAACAUUUCUGUUAGAGAAGUCAAACCUCCACAGGAAGAUAAAUCCACAGGGGAAAGUAGUUUUAGAGCUGCAGGAUCCAAAGAAGACAAGAGAAACUCUAAAAUAAAGUGGUUUAAAAAGAAAAAGUCUUGCCCGAAGGUUUGUUCUUCCUCUGAUUCCUCUUUGAAGUCCACAGAUGAGGAGGAUGAGAAAAGCUCUAAAGGCCUUCAUAGUCAACCGGAGUGUAAAUGGAUUAAUGUGGACACAAAGCAUCAAAGUAUCAGUGGAGAAAACUGCCCUCCAGCGUCAUCAAUCAAAUCUAAAGAGCUCGGCGGAAGAGGAAGGUGCUGUAAAAAUGAAGUUCAGUUCUCCGUUUCUCCUCCAAGAGCAUUGACAAAUGUGGGGAAAAAUGUUCCAAACCUGCUCAGAGUGAGGGAGUCUCAGGAUUCUCCCAUCCACUUCGCCUCCAGUGACAUCAACCCCUUCAUGCACCAGCGGCAAAACUGCAGCGCCAACCACCAUUGCUGCAAAAACCCAGCAUUCGGAAGCGCUGCCGAUCUCUCCUGUAAGUCUCCUCUCCUUAACGGCUCAGAAACACGGAUAACGAGGUGCUGCAGUGUGGAUAACGGCUUAAAUGGGCAGGAAUCUCCUUUUAAUUCCCACCUGAGCACCUACGCCACCAACAAAGGGCUCUCCAGCACUCUGAGCAGCGUGGAGGAUUACAGAGAGAAGGCUCGCUCGGGGUUUCCCGGGUCUGCUGUAAACAGCUCCUCAGGCCGCGGCGCUCCUCUCGACACCUCCUGUCAGGUGGACGAAAUCAUGUUCGUUUAUUCAUCCGAGCCCGAGUCCAAGGCCAUUCAAACGCCGGGGGGCCGCACGUGUGAGCACAGCACGCAAACUAACGUCUGUGACGGAAGCAGCAGCAGGAGAAAAGAUCGCCACAAAAGGAGCAGCACUGAUGGUCCGUCGUUCCACAAAAGCAAAGUUAAAGAAUCGCCCACGUGGGCCAGCAUGGAAAGCAUGUCGGCACACCUUUCGAAGCUGAUCGACAGCACCUCUGACCUGCUGGGAGACGUUCAGGGACUGAGGUCAGGCGAAGCCAGGAAAUCCUGCUCGAGUCGGAGCAACACUUCGUCCUUCAGCGAAGCUCCUGAUGGCUCCACGAGAGACGGGUCCACUCAGACGGAGGAAUCUCGAGAUUGUAAAGCUCACGAACGCAGAGGAAGGUUCGAAUCUCACGAAAUCAAUGUGACCGUUAAAGUCAUCGGUUCUGAAGUGAUCAGCGCUUCUCAGGACCAGAACGGACAAUCCAAAACUGGUACAGGCGAGAAGAUUCAAAGCAUGCCUGACCUGAGAUCUAGCGUCUCUGCAGCCGCUCAGACGGGCCCCAUCAGAUCCUCCUCUGGGAAUGAGGGAGCAGGUUGUCUCAGGCAUUCUAGGUCUGCUUCAUCUGGGGCUUCAAAGCACAGAACAUCUGCAGCUCCGGAAAGCAAGAAGAACACAGAAGAAAAACGUUUGCUAACAAACCAUCUGCGAGUGUUUUCAAAGAAACAGACGAUCUACACAGACCGCGCGUCUUCUCCUAUUCUCACCGUGGUGACGAGAACGGCCUCCGAUCUUCAAGGGAAGCAGCCAAAAUACAGGAACCUCAGAGCAGAGCUUCCCUUUCCCUCAGAUUCUUAUGACAGUCUGCAAUCCAAACAAGACUCUCUGGGUUUUGAUGAGUCAGAAACAGUGAGAUACCCGAGUCACAAAGACUUGGAGGAAUGUUCGUCAAAGUUUCUACCAUCAUUAGAUCCUUAUAUAGAUUAUAGGAAAAGUCAUGUGACUUAUAGAGACUCACAUCGAUCAAGCUUGAAGCAGGGAGUCAACCCAACGACGUCCUGCAUGAACAGUUUCCAGAAUCCGGUUUCUCCCACUUUGAGUUUGCAAAAGCAGGAAGCUUCCAACAUCACGGACAUGUGUUUUGAUCCCAGUCCUUUCAUUCCGAGUCACGCCGACGACACGGAAUCUCUGACGCCCAGUGAAUGCAACACAGAAGCCCUCGUAAACAUAGAACCCACCGUUCUGGACCGUCCGAGGCUUCCCGAGGACCUGCCCAUCCACAACAAGUUCACCAACUGGUCUGGCGUGCGUCUCCCGCCAAAACAAGCGACCAAUGACCACAGGGGGAGUUCGGAUUGGGUGGAGACGGUUAACGUGGAGGCCAGGAGGCGGAGCAACAGCAGAGAAACGGAGAUUAUGAAGCUGAGGCAGGAGCGAGAGCAGGUGAUGGCCAAGGUCAACCUCAGCAUGACCUCCACCCCUCUGACUGUGGAGCUGACCGAGGCCAAGCUGCAUUACGGGCUGGGAGAGACGGACGCUCUGCUGAAGAUGCUGUCCCCGAGGGCCAAACAUGAUCCGACACCACAGGCUCCCACCAAGCAGCAGCUGUACGACAGGCAUCGCCGGAGUAUUGAGGGUUUGAGGCAGCAGAGGGAGGAACGCCUCCAGACGUUUCGCAGAGCUCGCAGUUUGAGUCCCAGCAAACAUCAGGGCUCCUCUCCUGAAGCCGUUUCCCCGGCCGCCCGGCCAAAUCCACGCACUGACAGCGGCAGGUUAUCUGAUCCUUCCAAGCCAGAGGGACAGUAUCCAACAGACAUCGAACUUCUGUUGCGGGAAUAUGGUCGAGCUCGAGAAGAAGCCAGGACGGAGAUCGCAAGAGCUCGAGAACGGCUGAAGGAGAGGACGGAGAUGGAGAAGAGGAGGAUCCAGCAGAGAGCUUCUUCCAAGGAAAUGAAGGACGACUUCAGGCAUCGAACCAGAAUCAGCAGCAGCACUUUGUGCACAGGAUCCAGUCUGAGUCUGUCGUCUGGACCAACGUCGGGGUACCACAGCGGCAACGCCGGGCAGCCGCAACCCUGCAGGACGGCAGCGCCACCAGGACAGAUCACAGGGAUUGAGGAUGAAGAGCUGAUGAAGACUCGGCCUUCGGUUUGCGGCCCUCAGAGUGUGAAGACGCGGCGAUCCUGGCUGUCAUCUCAGGAUCUUCAGCCGUCUGUCGACGACUUUGAACCUCUCAUGACAUCGUCUCCCUCACCGCCACCCAUCAACACUCAAAGCUCCUCCCACAACCUUUUCACAGCCUAUCAGGACAUCACCUGUCAGCUGCUGAGUCAGGCUCUCACUGAGGUCCGACUAGCUUCUUCAGGGGAUUUAAGUAACCUGGUGAUGGGCAAAGCAGCAGGAGGUUGGAGGUACCAGGGAGAGGAGAGGGCAGUUCAGGCGUUCUACAAGCCCUCCUUCAGCCCAUCUGUCCACAGUUUUCUGGGGGCGGGAGACCUGGACCGAACUCUGGACAGUCUGUGGAGCGUCAUCUGCCAGAUGUCUAAGAGCCAAUUGUAUAAUCCGUCCGUCCGUUCUGUUUGGACUCGACCACUAGAUGACAGCACUCAGCUGGUUUACAUCUUAACAGAUCCGUCCGCCUGUCACCUCAGCCAACCUCGGGACUUCUGCUGCGUCAGCACCGAGUCCAAACAGGGUGGCCUCUGCGUUCUGGCGAUGCGGUCUGUGUUUGACGAGUCUCUGCCUCGUCCCAGCGUCGACGCCAUUCGGGGGGAGAUGAUGCCCAGCUGCUGGCUUCUGCAGCCAGUUAGACGCAAUGGAAAGGAAGCGACCAGAGUCAUUUACCUGCUACAGCUGGACCUGGGAUCGCCGUCGUUUCCUCGCCGGCUGCUGAGCUCUGUUGCCAGGAGACAGGCGGCUGUCAUCGCCGAUCUGGAUGUUUUCCUCUCUUAGUAAACUAGCUGCACAUCAGCAGUCGACACUUAGACUCCAACAUGGAGGGAGUUUGUUUUUAUCGAAUAUGCACCUAAAAUUUACAUACUUGAGUAUCUAAGGGCACUGUCAAGCUUUUUUAUAUAUGAAGCUAUUUUUAUAACGUAAAAUUUUGACAUAUAUUUGAAUGUAUUUAGUGCUAUGUUUUACCAAAGUUUCCAUUUAAUCUUUUAAACUGUCGAGCAAUACUUGCAAAUUCCUGUUAAUAGUCACUUAUACACAAACACAUUCCACGUUUGCACAAAUUCAAACUUUUAACUGUUAUUCUCAUACAACAUAUCUAACGUAUUUUAAAAAAUCCUGCAGCUUUUUUCUUAAAAUAUAAAUGAAAAAGCAGGUAAGCUAAGUGUCCAGGUGAGAUGAGCACCCUAAAGCCUCUCUGAGAUAAUGCGUCUUCAUCCCAGCAAACCUCAGCUCUGCAGAAAAUCCAAAAUCCGUUUGGCAGCCGAACCUGAAGGUACAAAGAAACACAGCAGGGAAAGUUCUGCUGCCAGAUGAUCGUGAUCCCAGAGCGCGCUGGUCCAUGCUGGAAUCUGGACGCUUUCAUCUUUGUUUAUUAAUAUUUAUGUUUGUUCUUACUGUUCAAAAAGCUGUUGAGGUUUGGUUUUCUAACAAAGCUGUUAAACUUUUUAUGUUUUUGUUAAUAUUACAGAUGAAACAAGUGAUGUUUCAUUGUUUUUAGUGUUUAAGCUCUUAAAAAAAUGAGUCACAUGUUUUUCCAUAUAAAGCCAUAAAACUGAAACGUGUUGAAGCUCCAAACUGAAUCUGUGAUCUGGACUGAACCAAAGACAAACGGGUGCAAUACGGACAUUCAGCUAAAUAUUUUUAUUUAUAUUAUUAUUAUGAAUGUGUAUAUUUGUAAAAAGUCAUAUUUAUGUUUUUAAGUAUAUAAAUGUUGAACUUUUUUGUUGUUGGCUUGUGGGUUCAUUUUGUGAUUUUAAAAAAGGGAUUUUUUUUACCAAAUAAAAAGUAAAAUUGGUUUCAUUAUUGAUUUGUUCAUGUAUUUUGUUCCACUUUUGUCUGCAUGAUCUAAAGAUUUGCAGUCAGGUUAAUGUUUGAUCAUAAAUGGAGUUUAGACCACAGUUCAUUGCUUUCUCCACAAAAUUUUUCAAAAUAAAAUAGAAGUUCAAACUUUAUAAAGUUUUUUGAGACCAGCCAUGGCUGAAAUUGAACAUUUUUGUUCCUCCUUAUUUAAGCGUUUUAUUUAAGUGGAAAAAAAAAAUACUUAUUUGUUUUUCUGAUAGAGGAUCUCUAGAAGUAAGAAAAAAACCCCU